AUGUUACUUGGUCCUCCAAAGGGUACAAGGUUUUGGUGUAUGAUUGCAAAAAAUAUUCCUAUUGUUUUGAAUUAUACUAAAUGGAAGAUCAAAGAUGGAAAUGUAUUCUUUUGGUAUGACAAGUGGUUGGCACAGGAGUCAUUUGCUGAAGCUUUGCCAGUGGUUGAACAACCUCUUUUAAAAAUCAAAGAUUGCAAGCUUGAAAAUGGUUGGGAUGUGGAUCUUUUAGAAAGAUUGGUGGGCACGGAACUUGCUGAAAAUGUCAUUAAUGUGUUGGCAAGGAGCAAAGAGGGAGAAGAUUUACUUAUCUGGACCAAAACUGAGAGUGGGAAUUUUACUACAAAAUCUGCUUGGGAUUGUAUUCGAGUGAGAAGUCCUAUUCUAGAGGGACAUAAAUGGAUAUGGAAUAGCAUUCUCCCCAAAAAGUUCUCUGUUUUUAUGUGGAAGGUGUGGCAUGGUGCUCUAAUAGUGGAUGAUAAAAUUAGGUGGAUUGGAAUUCCCCUAGCAUCGAAAUGUAGUUGUUGCAAGCAAGGGAAGUAUGAAGAUAUUAAUCAUGUUUUAUUUGAAGGGGAGGUUGCAGGUGGGAUUUGGAAGAAAUGCGGUGCUUUACUUGGGCUACCGGUUGGAAGAUUAUGGCGUGAAACUUGUCUUAGCUGGUUUCGGAGAGCCUCGAAUUCCUCUCAAAUAGGAGUCAUACUUGGUUUAUUGCCUAUUAUAAUUUCUUGGAGAUUAUGGGGAAGAAGGUGCUCUGCUCGAAUGGAGAACAAAGUUGAAACAAGUCAGGUGGUAUGGCUUUCUAUCAAACACUGGGUAAGUGUGCUUGGACAAGGACUUGCUAAGUUUAAAAAGUUUAACCAGAAUGAUUCUUACAUUCUCUGGAGCCUAAAUGUUUUUCCUAUUCCUAUUCAACAACAUCCCAUUCAGCUCAUUUCUUGGUCAAAACCUUUACAUGGUAGAGUCAAGCUAAACACGGACGGGAGUUGCCUGGGCUAUGGAGAUAGUACACAAGCAGAAUUACGGGCGUUAUUGGAGGGAAUUAAACGAUGUAAACAAUUAAACUUGUCUGCUAUUGAUAUUGACUUGGAUUCAAAGGUUGUCCUGUCGUGGCUGCCGAAGAAUCGGUGUGGCAUCUGGUAUUUGGAGGACUAUUGGGAGGAGAUUCAGGAGCUGAUAAAGAACAUGGAUUAUAAAUACUCCCAUAUCUUUAGGGAAGGGAAUGUUGUCGUGGAUUGGCUCGCUCGGUGGGGUGCAAGAGUGGGAGAUGCGAAAUGGAGAAACACAUUAGACUCACCUGCUAUGCUGCGAGGUUUGAUAAGAAUCGAUAAAUGGGGCCUUGCAUCCAUUCGGUGUAAAUCGCAUGAUGCAAGGAUUUAA